AUUCAAAGCCAUCAUCGAACCGAGAGAAGAAGUAGAACACUGACCCUCACCGUCACGUUUCAGCCACCAAACCCCACAAACACAGUAUUCCCAACUUCUUAUUAUUAUUUAUACGCUAAACAAAACACAACAACACCACCAACAUCAUUUGACCAAAUACAUUGCUGUUUACAAUUUUCAAUUCAUUCUAAGUGUUUUGGUUUGGCAUAAAUAAACCUUUCGAGAUCUCAGAGGGGCAGAAGAUCAAAGCUAAGACACACUCAUAUAUAAAGAGUGUCUCUGAUUUUAUCUUUGUUUCUUUUUCCCUCGAGAUUUUUUAGCACCCCACCAAGGUUUUGUCAGACAAGUUUUAAUUUUUCGCUUACCCUUUACAAUGAUUUCUUCGUUGAGACAACCUGUUAUAGGGAUCACUGGCUCUGAUCUUGUUUUGAGGCAAAGACAUGCCACCCCAAUUAAGGCAAGGGCGUUUUUACCUUCUCUGUCAAGAGAAAAGACUCAAAGAUCUCUGGUUUCAGUGCAAAAGCCACUGCACAUUGUUUCUCUUGGUGUUGGGAAUUUUGUGCCAGUGAAGGAUGAUGAAAGGGGUGAUUUGGUGAAGUGUGGAGCCUAUGAGGCUGACAGAUCAGAGGUUGAGGCUGCAAGCACACCAUCAGAGGCUGCAAAGAAGGUGAAAAUUGGGAUAUAUUUUGCAACCUGGUGGGCUCUGAAUGUGGUGUUCAAUAUUUAUAACAAGAAGGUUUUGAAUGCCUACCCUUACCCUUGGCUGACUUCAACUCUCUCACUUGCCUGUGGCUCUCUCAUGAUGUUGAUCUCUUGGGCCACUAGGAUUGCAGAAGCACCCAAGACGGAUCUUGAGUUUUGGAAGUCUUUGUUCCCUGUUGCUGUUGCACAUACAAUAGGACAUGUAGCGGCAACUGUUAGUAUGUCUAAAGUUGCAGUAUCAUUUACACAUAUUAUCAAGAGUGGUGAGCCUGCUUUCAGUGUCCUGGUUUCAAGAUUUAUUUUGGGUGAGACCUUCCCUGUGCCAGUCUAUCUGUCUUUACUUCCAAUCAUUGGUGGAUGUGCACUUGCUGCUGUGACCGAGCUCAAUUUCAAUAUGACUGGUUUUAUGGGGGCUAUGAUAUCAAAUUUGGCAUUUGUAUUCCGUAAUAUAUUUUCAAAAAAGGGCAUGAAGGGAAAGUCUGUCAGUGGAAUGAAUUACUAUGCUUGUUUAUCUAUUUUGUCCCUUGCAAUUCUCACGCCCUUCGCAAUUGCCGUGGAAGGACCACAGCUGUGGGCUGCUGGAUAUCAAACAGCCAUCUCUCAAAUUGGACCCCAAUUCAUAUGGUGGGUAGCAGCUCAAAGUGUAUUCUAUCAUCUGUACAAUCAGGUGUCAUACAUGUCUCUGGAUGAGAUCUCUCCCUUGACAUUUAGCAUUGGAAACACCAUGAAACGUAUAUCUGUCAUAGUGUCUUCCAUUAUUAUCUUCCACACACCGGUUCAACCCAUCAACGCUCUUGGUGCUGCCAUUGCUAUCCUCGGAACCUUCUUAUACUCACAGGCAAAACAAUAGAGUUAGGGAACUAAGAUUCCUCUAGGCACUUGUUUGUUAAUGUUCUUCAUGCUCAACAAGGGACAAGGAAGUUGUUGAUUUUGAAAUAUGUCACUGCUGGAUUUUUGUAAGACUAGGAUUAUCUGGCUGCUGGUCCAUCUGUAGAUAUAAUAAUAAGAAUAAUGUUGCUGAGGAAACAUUAUCAAAAUACAGAUGAUUAGGUAGAUUUUUUUCCUGUUUUUUUUUUCUCUCUCUGAUUUCUUAAGUGGCAGUGAGUUGAAAUAAAUAUUUUUUGUUUAUAUGGUCUGAGAAUAAUUUCUCAAAACAUUGUUUACUACAAGGAGCUUGGAAUAAUGUGAUGCAUAUGAUCAAGUUGAUGCUCA